AUGGCGCAGGGCCCCCCCCCCCCCAGCCCCGUUCCUACCUGCGGGCGCCCGCCGAGUCCUGCCACCCUCCCGCCGGACCGGGGAUUCCUGUUCUCCCUUGGCUUUAUCUACCUGCGCCAGCUCCCGCCCCCGCCUGACAUCAUCCCCCUGCGGGCCGCCCGCCCGGCUCCCGGCUCCCGGCCCCCCGCGCCACCCAAGGGUGCCCCCCCCCAGCCCCUCGGCCCUAGCCGGACGAGAGCCGGAGCGCAGCCGGAAGUGCUGUGUCACAUGGCCGCACCCGGAAGCGGCGGCAGAGCGGCGGCACCGGCGGCGAUGAGCGGUGGGGCCGAGGUGGUGGCGGCCGGAGCUGAGGCCGAGCGGAGGGUCCACAUCGUGGUGGAAUAUUGCGAGCCCUGCGGCUUCGAGGCCACCUACCAGGAGCUGGCAAGUGCUGUGAAGGAGGAGUACCCAGACAUCGAGAUUGAGUCCAGGCUGGGGGGCACAGGUGCCUUUGAGAUCGAGAUCAAUGGGCAGUUGGUCUUUUCCAAGCUGGAGAACGGAGGCUUUCCCUACGAGAAGGAUCUGAUCGAAGCCAUUCGCAGAGCCAGGAAUGGAGAACCCCUGGAGAAGAUCACCAACAGCCGCCCCCCCUGCGUCAUUCUGUAGCCCCCUGCCCAGCUGGGGUCUGCCAGUGCCCCCCAGCCUUGCUCCUCACCGCCUCCAUUAGCCUCCUGCACGACCAGGGACGUCGGGGGGCUGCCAGAGCGUGAGGAGCCACCCUGGGAAUGCCACCGUGGCACUGGGGGUGAGAGCUGGGAUGGGCAGAGCUGUGCCACUGGUCUCACUGGGCUGGCCCUGCUGGGGUGGGGGUCAGUUGUGACCCAACCCUUUGGGUGCCUGACCUGCUGUGGGGUGUAGCUGUGGCACGGGGCACCCCCCUGCCUGCCUUUGCCUCUCCCCCAUGCCCAGCAGCACAGGGAGAGGUUCUCCCCUCCCUCAGCCCCUGAGGAUUUGGGGGGUGGGGGUGUCCCUAAUAUCUGUGAACGCUUUGCCCAUCCCUUGGAGGUGCCAGGCUGGGUGGUGGAGGGGACUCUGCAGCUCCAAAGCUCUGGAAGAACCACUUGGUGUAAGGCUGAGUGUGGUUUGUUAAUGAUUAAAGCCUGUCCUGUCACUCUUUAA